UGCACCACCAUUUCAUCCGCUGACACACAGGGAGUAACGUUCUUCUUCAUUUGUCCUCACUUCAUUGAUUAGCAGGAACAUAUCUGAAAAAGAAAAGGGGCACUAUCAUCGACGCAAUGAUGAGAGGAAGUGAAUGUUUCGUCCCGAGAUGGGUAAGGCUCGCCCUGAUUUUUCUGCUAGUAGCAUCUUACGGGCAUGUCAUCACCGAGGCUCGGUCAUCAGGGGCGCCGGUCUCCAGCAACCCCGAAAUAUGCAGUAGCAUGCUCCCUGGUCAUUAUAUCCCUCCUUCAAUUAGUCCUAGUCCCUACACUAUGACAGCUGAUGUGAGCACCUUCUCGGCCAGUCAGCAAAUCACAGUGUCCAUCACCACGGCUUCGGGUUCUCCUGGUUUUAAGGGAAUCCUCUUGCAAAUGAGGCAAGUAGACAAUGAUGGCAUUGUAGGGACUUGGAAUGUGGCAGCCUCAGAUACGAACUUCCAGGCCGGGUCAUGUGACGGAGCGAGCAACAACGUGGUGACGCAUAGGAACAGUGCCGUCAAAGAUGUGACAAAUGAAUUUGUGUGGACUGCGCCUGCAACCAAAAUAUCUGAUGUCAAGGUCGUAGCUACGUUUGUGCAAAGAUAUCAAACAUUUUGGGUAAAGGUCCAAGGACCUACCAUUCAGAACGUAAACCCCUGCGAUUCUAACCCUUGUCUGAGCGGUGGCACAUGUCAACAGACUGGUGGAGGAUUCACGUGUAACUGUCCUUCUCCCUUCGCUGGUCCAACCUGUCAUCUCAUUGACGUAAACCCCUGCGAUUCUAACCCUUGUCUGAGUGGUGGCACAUGUCAACAGACUGGUGUAGGAUUCACGUGUAACUGUCCUCCUCCCUACGCUGGUCCAACCUGUCAUCUCAUUGUAUUUCCAUGCAAUUCUGAUCCAUGUGAAAAUGGCGGAACGUGCGACAAUGUUAAUCAAGAUUCGGAAUUCGUCUGCUCCUGUCCGCCUGGCUACACAGGCACCAUGUGUGAACUUCAAGAUAGCAAUCCCUGCACUUCUGACCCUUGCCAGAGUGGCGGCACAUGCCAAGAGACUGGUGAUGGGUUCACGUGUACCUGUCCACCGCUCAGAGCUGGUCUGACGUGUCAUCACUUUGUAUUUCCAUGUGAGUCUAAUCCAUGUCAACAUGAAGGGACGUGCGAGAAUGUAAAUCAAGAAUCGGAAUUCGUCUGCUCCUGUCCGCCCGGCUUCACCGGCACCAUGUGUGAACUUCAAGAUAACCCAUGCGAUUCGACUCCCUGCUUAAAUGGAGGAGCGUGUACGAAUGUUGAGCAAAACACAGCAUUUUCGUGCGCAUGUGGCGAUACUGGCUUCAAGGGAUCUACAUGUGAUGAAGCCGUCGCUUGUCACUCGAACCCCUGCACCAAUGGAGGAACGUGUAUCGGCAUCAACCAAGAGAAUGAUUACACGUGUGACUGUCCGUUGGGAUAUACUGGGCUUGUCUGUGAAACAGCUGUCAGCCCAUGUGUUGCGAACUCUUGUGAGAAUGGUGCCACAUGUAAUGGUGCUGUUGGUGAAACGGCCUACACGUGUACCUGUCCAGCCGAUCAUACUGGGACUCUCUGUGAAACAUCCCUUGCAACCACUCCAGCUUCUGUGCCAACAACGCCUGGAGAUGGACCGAAACUAACCCACAACAUAUUCAUUGUGGCAACCGCAAUUUGCGUUUUCCUCAUCAAUUUUAUGACUAUGUAAUUAAAGCAAUAACUUAUGAAAAGUGACAAAGGGUAAUUUGAGGCCCCUCUGCACCAGUUUGGCCAGGAGGGAUUAGACCUCCCUGCAUGGUCACUGGUCGGUGGUUAUCUCAUCAAAUCAGCUC